CUGUAAGAAUUAGAAGUUAUACAGCUACUACUCUUAUGGAGGAAGUGAAGUUUAACUUUGACAGUUUCUCAGGGAAGUUUGGUAACAUGUUCCGAUAAACCACGUGGCUUUGUAGUUUUGUGGUGACAUGGCAACUGUCCCUGUUCGUACACAUUUCAGUCUCUAUAGCUGCCAUCUACAGCUGGUGUGCCUUUUAACUGUAGUAUAUACUAUUCAUACUGUGCUACAGUACAGUGUGUGUGUGUGUGUGUGUGUGUGAGAGAGAGAGCCUGAGAUAGUGUUCUCUCUGUUGCGUCCGCCGACAGUAUUUUGUAAAAAACUAGAUAAGACUCGCCUUGUCAUGAGUGAGGUGCUGUUAAGAUCAAGUGAUAACCCAUUUCACAUAUUGUACAAGUAAUUGCUGUAAUCUGUCCUAAGAGAAUGGACCUGCAAAGCUAAGGCUAUGAAUGAGAGUUGCUGGGGCUGUCGUGUGUUGGACACACAUUCAGCCGUGCAUAUGCAUUUUUAAGGAUGAACAUUAUUUUAUUUGUGUUAUAUUAUUUGUUCUUGCAGGUACAAUUUGAGGAAGCAUGCAACAACACUGUUAAGUGUUGUUCAUGAGUUAAAUAAACAAUUUUUAAAUUCUCAUUUAUAUGGAUUUACUCAUAAUCUAUGUUGUUGUUGUUGUUGCAUUGGUGGUUUAAGAAGUGAAACAGCUUGGCACUAAAUAAUGUCUUCACAAGAGUCAGUUGGGAGGCUGCUCAUCUGCAACUAUUAAAACCUCUAAUCUAAAUAGAGGCGACAGAGUUAUGGCCAGUUCACACAGCGAUAGCCUCUUUGCACUGAGUUUUAUGGCCUGCAAAGAGGUUUUGGUUGCUAGGUGGACACAAGGUUACGUCCUGCUUUUGUUUUCAACCAGAGUCAUAAUAUCUCUUAAUAUGUAAGUGUUUCGAAGGAUGUGUAAUUGAUCUUUUGUAUCCAUUUUUAAAUCAGUAUGUCAUCAUUUUUUCAGCUUGCUGGACAAAUUAUUAAAGUGAAAACAGCAACAAUGACUUUAUGAAUGAAUUUAAUGCUGUUAUCAGUGAAAGCUGAUGUGAAAAUAAAACACUUUUUGGAGCCUUCAAUCUAUUUAACAAUAGCAAUUUCAUUAAUACAGAUAUUUCUUUAAUGAAACUAAGACUCAAACCACAAAUGAUGCAACUUAAAAGCAGCUGUAUGCGUUAGAGCACAAAAUUAACUUUAUGUUUUUUAUCAUAUAUUUUUCAUUCUUAUCCCAUUCUAAUCCAGAUACAGUAACAUACUUUUAAUAUGACUAUAAAUUUAAUCCAGAACACUUCAGUGCUUUUCGCCCGACAUUUUGUGUUUGACAGUUCUUCAUUCAUCUCAAACUUGAUGAGUCAGGAGGCCAGAUCUUACAGCCUAGUUAAAAUAUAAACUCUCGAUCACUUCUCUCUCUCCCUCUCUCUCGUUUCUGUCCCUUCAUUUCAUUCUUUAAUUAAUGUGUAUGUGAUUGGACCGUCAUUUUAGAUCAGAUAAUAACCAUUAAAUAAUCCAUUACUAUGCACAUUCUGAUAUACUGUGUUUAAAGUAGCAUUAUACGGUACGAUAAUCCUCAUGCCAGCUCAUAUACUGUAGGUGCUUUCUAGCCAUUACUGAUAUAGGGCAUCAAAUAUCCCAUAAUACUGCCUCUUAUCAUUUAUAGCCUUUCUGACAAUGCUCCGAAUGGAUUACCUUUAAGUCACAAGGUAAGAUUUAGUGCAGUGAAACUCCCUAAGUAAAAUGGGCGGGUUGUGACAUUUUAACUGGUUUAUGGCAGUAAAUUUGAGAAUGUUUACAGCAUUCCUGAAAAAGGAGACAGCUCCCUGACAACUGUUUGACUUCCCUUUUGAUUUUAAACCUUCGGUGUGGUCUAAUUCUCGUCCACGCGCCGUGCGUUUCUGUGGAAAGGUAGUUGAAACAAGUUGAAAAUGAACUUUCAAUACCCCGUUGCAUGUUGCUUCACUGGCAGUGUCAGUACACUGGAACUCUCUGAUCGUUCUUAAAGUGAAAGAACAGAGACAGCGUCAAUGCAGAAUUCUUAUUUAGUCUUGCAUAAUUCUUAGUAAUCAUUGCAGGCAUUAACAGAAAACAAUGACACUGUCAUAUCUUCAUUGUUUUCAUGGAAAUAAAACCAGAAACAUCUAAAUCUAUUUUAUCCCACACAAUUAUGCACAAUACACUUAUUAUAAGUACAGUACCGUGCAAAGUUUUAAGUGGAGGAAGUUUGCAGAGGUUAAUGUCAUUUGAGGUAUUUGUUUUACAGUGUAUGGGUAGUUAAUUUAGAAAUUCUCUGUGUAGAAUAAAGUUUUAUGAACGAAGGGUGGGCUGUAAACUCAGGAAGUGUGUUUGUCUAUGGAAGAGCUGAUGGGAGUUAUCAGUGUUUUCCACUUCACUUUGUGUCUUUUAUAGAUUAUAUCUGCUGAGGUGGUGGUGCUAUCACUCCACUAUUGAUUAGAUUAGAAGACUGGGAAGGACACGCACGCACAAACACACACAGACACACAAAUACUGUAAAAACACCCCGACCCCCCGACAGCAACCCACCCAUCCAUGUCACACAUGCCGACACACUCGUACAGAAGCAACUCACACACAUGUCAUUCAAAGAAGUGAGAGAAAAAAGAGGGAGUGAAAUCACUCUUUCACCUCUAUCUGUCCAUCCUAGAUAAGUGUGUGAGAGAAGGGACAGAUAAGUAAUGUGUACCAAAGUGAGAAGUCUUAGUCACAGCUCCUCCCACUUCUCCUUGUUCCAGACCCAAUCAGGUGGGAUUAUUGAUCCUUUAUUCCAGGGAUCUCCCUUGUCAUGUCUUUAAGAAUUAGAUGACGCAGAGUCAGGAAGAUAGGGGGGUGAAAGAGAGAACGACACCACAGUGUGAGCUGGUAAAAAAAGUGUGAGGAACCAGGUUGAAACAGGAAUGAAGUAUCUCGCUGCUCCUCAGAGUAAAACUCUGUUAGAUAUGGAAGUAGCCAACUACUGUGAAGGCCUUGAUCCAUCAUACAGCACGCUGGGCUUUGAGAAUGCAGAGGUGCUGUGUGGAAGAGGAGACAGCAUGCCAACAGAACCGAGCCUGGCCGGUCCGGAUGGAGUCAGCAGCAACUGCGCGAUCUGUGGAGACAAAGCCACAGGGAAACACUACGGUGCCUCCAGCUGUGACGGCUGUAAAGGCUUCUUCAGACGCUCCAUACGCAAGAACCAUGUUUACACAUGCAGGUUCAGCAGGCAGUGCAUUGUGGAUAAAGAUAAGAGGAACCAGUGUCGAUUCUGCAGACUCAACAAAUGUUUCAGGGCUGGGAUGAAAAAAGAAGCCGUGCAGAAUGAGAGAGAUCGGAUCAGCUCGCGAAGAAAUAUCCCCGACUCCCAAGACAUGCCACCCAUUACUAUUCUGGCCCAAGCUGAGUCACUGUCCCAACAAAUCACUGCUCCAGUUGUAAUGUCAGACAUAUCAGAGCAGAAGUCGGCCACUGUUGGCGACAUCUGCGAAUCAAUGAGACAGCAAUUGCUGGUGCUGGUUGAAUGGGCCAAAUAUAUUCCUGCUUUUGGAGAGCUGCCACUGGAUGACCAGGUGAGCUUGCUGAGGGCUCAUGCAGGCGAACACCUCUUGCUCGGGGUCGCUAAAAGGUCAACGCCAUUCCAGGACUUCUUGCUUUUAGGUAACGGCUGUGUGAUACACAGGAACAGUCCUGAAGCAGAGAUAUGUAGGGUAGCCAACCGCGUGCUGGAUGAGCUGGUCCAUCCUUUUCAGAAUAUCCAAAUAGAUGACAAUGAGUAUGCGGCUCUCAAGGCUAUUGUCUUCUUUGAUCCAGAUGCUAAAUCCUUGCGGGACCCUUCGAAGAUCAAGGCCAUCCGUCUGCAGGUCCAGAUGAGUCUGGAAGAUUACAUUAACGACCGUCAGUACGACUCCAGGGGUCGUUUUGGAGAGCUGCUGCUCCUGUUGCCCACCCUCCAGAGCAUCACCUGGCAAAUGAUAGAACAGCUCCAGUUCAUUAAGCUCUGCGGCCUGGCCAAGAUAGACAACCUGCUGCACGAGAUGCUGCUGGGAGGCUUAACAUCAGAGCCCACACACCUGCACCACCCAGCACACACCCAGCUGGCCCAGGAUCCCAUGACUGGACACACGCUUCUCAUCAGUGCCAUGCCUGUAACACACACUCCACAGAUAGCAGCUUCUCCUGACACUCCAAUCCCAUCGCCCCCACAGGGUCCAGGCCCAGAUAUGUAUAAAGUCUUCCCCCAGUCUCAUUGUCCUCCAGCCAGCCCCUCGUCUUCCUCACAGACAGACCCAUGACUUCUCCCUGCACUCUUCCAAAGCAGCUGACAUAAAGGAUCGGCUUCCUUGCCCUCUAUUCAUCAUCUCCUCCGUGGUACUUAAAACUUAUGAAAGCAAUCUCUGCUCAGUGUCUGAGGUUAGACUUUACCCCACGUCUUCCACCUGUGACUGUGAGGGCAGUGAUGCAACAAUAACUCAGAUAUGAUUAAAGUAGCCACGUGUAGCAAUUUAAAACUUCAAUAUGUCACUUUCAAAUUAAGGGACCUUGUAAAAAAACAAAAAAAAACACCACAGCAGUUAACAAGCAGAACCUGCACAUGUACUGUAGUUACGUUGCCACUGUAAACAAGAUAUGCGUUUUUCAAUUCAGGUUUAAGACGGCGUCGUAUCAGUAAGAUACAGACCCUGAAGAGAACAUGGUGGUAAUUCAACUUAUCUAAUCUAAACUUAACCAGUCAUAUAUUCCAAGUAAUAAUUUCAGACAUGGCUGUGGUGUAAAUUACUCAACGGCACGUGCAGGACAAAGUCAUAGCACACACUUGUUCAGCAGCUGAAGAAAAUAAAAGGGGCAUAGUAGUCUGUGGUCAAGGUCAAUAGGACACCAGUGGUAGGACUGUCAUUUAUCAAUAACGUGUAAAGAAGGUAAAUGCAAACACAGACUGUACAUAUUCAAAAAUGGUGAUUAUAGAUAUUUGGAUAAUCAAUUUUGAACUGCCUUGCUUAAUUCAAUGAUGAAUGAUUCAUUUUUAUAUUUUUGGUGUGUUGAUAAUGUUUACAUUUCUUAAUAUAUACAUUGAUUAAAUUGAGAUUUCAAAAGAA